AUGUGUCGACUGGUCUCUCCAGGCACCGGGCUCUCUCGCAGCGGUCAUUUGCUCCUGCUUUUGCACGUUAUCCUGACUCGGGUCGAUACAACGGCAGGAGUGCCGGCGUCCCUGAAGGUGGAGGUGACGAAGGUGACCGGGGACGGCGCCGUUCUCACCUGGUUCACCUCGGCGAGCCACAGGGGAGCCAUGACCUCCUGCUGGCUCCACUACAACCCCUCGAGCGAGGCUCUGCACGUGCAGACGGAGGUGGCCGACCUGAAGGAGGACCACAUCGUCAUGGGGCACCUCACGCCUAAUGUCACCUACUACGCCUUCCUCAACUGUACGCAAGGGGCCACCACCUACAGCUCCAACACCGUCCACUUCACACCGCACGGUGACCCGGCGGUGGCGUUGGAGGUCCGCCCGCCGCCGCCCACGCCCAAGCCUUCCGGAUCUGCAUCGUGGGCGUCGUCGUCGAGUGGGCGCGAGCAGACGGGCGGGCAGUCGGCGGGCGACGGCGGGAUAGUCGUCAUGAUGAGCCAGAGACACAUGGACCCCCCCAGAAGAGACCCCCACAGCGCCGUGCCCUCCACCAGCGUCAUAUUGGGUGCAGUGUGUGGCGUGGUUGGAUUCCUGAUCAUCAACGUUACAGUGGUGAUGGCGGUGAGGCAGUACUCUCACAGACGGGCGAGGAGACGCCGCCUGCUGGAGCUACAGCUGGAGCAGCAUGGAGGUUACCUGUACAACUACGAAGAGCUAAUGGCCGACUACAACCGACAGAUUAACGCAGGAAACACAUAGGAAAUGGCGAGCAGGGGAUUGUAAGUCCUCGACGAAUCCAGCAACUUGUGGCAGGACGGAGAGAAGGAAAAGAGAGAUUCUUUUAUUCUCGUGUUGUAUAACCCUACGUGGCGUUGUUGUUGUAUUUUUUUUGGGGGGGAGACAGGAACGGUCUGUGAGAGAGAGACGCACACAUACACUUUUCGCUUUGCCUGAAGGAGGCGUAGCACCUGGCGAAAGAGGAGUAGUAGGAGAGGGGAGAAAGGAAUGGGGGGAAAGAAGAGGAAAGAUAAAGAGUAAAGUCAAAGAGGAAAAGAAGGGAAAUGGCUAGGCUCUCUCCUCUUAGGUGGAAAGACCCGUCUUGGGAGGAAGUCUUUUUUUUGUCCUCUCUCUUGCCUUUGAAAGACUGACUUUGGGAAAAAUGUUGAGCUAUUUUUCCUCAACCAGGAAAUGUCACCCGUAGAUUUUAGCUUCUGUAGAGUUUAAGUGGAAUUGACGGCGGCGAAUAAGGGUCCCAGAACUUGUUAUUUUGUUAUGGUUAGCCUUUCUUGUAAUUAAACUUUGGGCAAACGGCGAAUCACAAACUUCAGCUUAGGAGAUAUUCACACAUUUAGCUGUGGAAGGAAUGUCCGCUAUUUUUGGAAUAAGAUUUUUUUUUGUCUUUCUCUCUCUGUAAUAUGAGAGAAAAAAGAAAGUAUCGUCCACCAAGUGAUUGAAACUGGUGGCCGGAUUUUCACUUUUGAAAAAAAGAAACAUUAUCUACUCAUUUAGAAAAUUGCGUUGUACUCAGUGUAUUUAUUCUGAUUCUCCUCUUGCUCCUUUUAUCUGCGAAAUAAUGAU